AUGCAAGGCGGCCACACAGGUGCAUCGGCGACGCUGCCAGUCAGCGGCGUGGGCAGCAGUUGGCAGGCUGCGGGAGGCGCAUCAGGCACGCAGGGAGGCGGCUACUAUGGCCAGCAGCAGCAGCAGGAGCAGCAGCAAGCAGGCGGCCGGCCACGAAAUCAGCCACAGAAUCGGCACGGCAACGGGCAGGCCUGGCCCGCCGCUCAGCCAACGCCUCGGCAUGCGCCCGCUCAAACGCACAUGACAACGCCCGCAGCGAACGCUGCAGCCAUGCAACCGGCUGGGCAGCACCUGCAGCAGCAUCAACAGCAACAGCAACAGCAGCAGCAGCAGCAGCAGCAGCAGCAGAAGCAGCAGCAGCAGCAGCAGCAGCAACAACAACGGCAGCAGCCGCGGGCACCUGCCGCAAACGUAAAUUACUUAGACCGCGUGAAAGCUACUUGCAGCAUGCUCGGGAUGGGAAGCGGCCCCCAGAACAAUGCAGCCGCGGCGCAGCAGUCUGCGCUUGCCCACAUUAUUAGUGGCAGUGCAUUCCACGAGAACCCUUUUGCAGACUCGGUUGAGGCGUACGUGCUGGCGUGCAAGCAGCAGCAGCAAGCGCAGCAGCAGCAAGCGCAGCAGCAGCAAGCGCAGCAGCAGCCACAGCCGCAGCAGCAGUAG